AAACAUUGAGAACCAAAUCCCACCACAGCUAAAACCCACAAAAGCAACUUAACUUCUCCGAAUUCGGUGAGCUAGUUUCUCGAUACCGACCAAGCGCAAUGGCUGUCGUCCCACACAAGAUGAGCAGGGGUGAGAGGCAUAUGUUUGCAUCAUCCGACGACGGUGCAAUGAUGAAGCAGAUUCAGGCGACUCAUUCCCCAGAUGGCCGGGAAUUCGCUGUCAAGCCUCUGCUUCACAUUGCUGAAGAUGUGUUUCAGAGGUCGCGUCCUGGUGUGCUCGCCAUUGGUGGUGAGCCUACGGGAGCUCAGCAGGCACAACUAGAUGCCUUGGAAGACAAGGUUCUGGAGAACGGGCUCCAUGAAACCCUUGAAAUUAUGUCCUUCACCAUCAACAAGAUAGCCUGCGAGAUCUCCUGCAAGUGCUCUGGAGGAGGAGAUGCACAUGCCACGACCAUGUCCAUCUUCAACAUAGUCUCGAGCUACUCGUGGGAUGCGAAAGUCGUGCUAGCCCUGGCCGCAUUUGCAGUGAACUACGGCGAGUUCUGGCUCGUGUCCCAGCUGUACCUCACCAACCCACUGGCCAAAGCCGUGGCACUGCUCAAGCAACUGCCCGACAUCCUCGAACGUGCCGACGCCUUGAAGACGAGGUUUGAGGCCCUGAGCAACUUGAUCAGGGCCAUGAUGGAGGUGGCCAAGUGCAUUGUGGAGUUCAAGGAGCUUCCAUCGCAGUACAUUAGCCACGACACGCCCGAGCUGCUGACUGCGACUGCUCACAUCCCCACGGCCGUGUACUGGACUAUUCGAAGCAUCGUGGCUUGUGCAACACAGAUCAUUGGCCUCAUUGGCAUGGGGCAUGAGUACAUUGCUUCGACGACGGAGGCAUGGGAGUUGUCUAGCAUGGCUCAUAAGGUCACCAACAUCCACAGCCAUCUCAUGAAGCAGCUCACUGUUUGUUACCAACAUAUUGACGAGAAGAGGCACAUCGAGGCAUACCAAGCCUUAAUCCGGCUUUUCGAGAUAGUACACAUCGACAACAUGAAGAUCCUUAGGGCGCUGAUCUAUGCCAAGGACGACCAGCUCCCACUCUUCGACGGCAACACCAAGAGAAGAGCAAGCCUGGACGUCCUGCGAAGGAAAAACGUCCUUCUCCUCAUCUCCGACCUCGAACUCUCCCACGAGGAACUCUCGAUGCUCGAGCAGAUGUACCACGAGGCGCGCCAGCAUCCCACGAGGCUGGAGAGCCAGUACGAGGUGGUGUGGAUGCCGGUUGUGGACCGCUCAACGCCUUGGAACGAGGAGAAGCAGAAGGCAUUCGAGCGGCUUCAGGGGAUGAUGCCGUGGUACUCUGUAUACCACCCUUCGUUGAUCGAUCUCGCGGUGAUCAGGUACACGAAAGAAGUCUGGCACUUCAACAAGAAGCCAUUGUUGGUGGUGUUGGACCCUCAGGGGAAAGUUGUGAACCCAAAUGCCCUCCACAUGAUGUGGAUUUGGGGUAGCUUGGCUUUCCCCUUCACUAGUGCUAGAGAGGAAGCUCUGUGGAAGGAAGAGUCCUGGAGGCUCGAGCUUCUCGCCGAUGCUAUUGAUCCUGUCAUCCUCUCUUGGAUAGCUCAGGGGAAAUUCAUAUGCUUGUAUGGAGGUGAGGACAUGGACUGGAUCAGGAAGUUCACCACAACAGCGCAAGCGGUGGCUCGAGCAGCAGGAAUCACCAUGGAAAUGCUGUACGUCGGGAAGAGCAGCCCGAAAGAGAAAGUGAGGAAGAACAACGUCAUGGUACAAUCCGAGAGCCUGAGCCACGUGCUCCCGGACCUCACCCUCAUCUGGUUCUUCUGGGUGAGGCUCGAGAGCAUGUGGCACUCCAAGGUCCAGCACAACAGGACCGUGGAGAACGACGCGAUCAUGCAGGAGAUCGUGACGAUGCUGAGCUUCGACGGCAGCGAGCAAGGGUGGGCCGUGGUGAGCAGGGCAUCGGCAGAGAUGACCAAGGCGAAGGGGGAGACCAUACUGAAGAGCUUCAUGGAAUUUGACGAGUGGAAGGAACUUGCUCAGGAGAAAGGGUUUGUUCCCGCGCUGAAUGAUUACCUGCUUGGCUUGCAUACUCCACACCAUUGCAACCGUUUGAUCCUGCCUGGAAGCACUGGGAGUAUCCCUGAUAGGGUUGUCUGUGCUGAGUGUGGCCGUCCCAUGGAGAAGUUCAUCAUGUACCGUUGCUGCACUGAUUGAGCAAAAGAAGUUUGACAGUAUCUUUUUCCUAUCACGUUUGAAGCUAAGUCCAAUUUCGAUAAUGGGUUUCUGACUUCCUGGUGUCUCAACGUAUUCAUUCUUCACUGCUAGUGUGUGGUUUGUACUAUUUUACCGUUUCCCUUUGCAGAAUUGGGUUAUUGGUUCCUCAACAGUAUUCAUUAUCCGUCAUUCCGAUUUUAAUCAGAGUAUACUUUGUUUAUUA